ACUCUCAGAUAUUUGUUCUUCACUUGGUAUGCAAGAUUAAAUUGUUAAUUAGAUUUAGUCGUUUUCAUUCUGAUUUAGUAAACUAAAUUGGCAGGUUGUGUCAUAUUUUUUAUACCACCAACCAGAAUCAAUAUGAGGAGACACUAGAACAAUAUAGGAAGGUCCUUAGGUAUGAAGUUAAAAUAAAAUGGCCAAACUGCUUUUAACUUUGUUCAUUUAUUGAUGAUGAUCCAAGGGGACUGUUGAAAGGUGAUGGAAGAGUAAGUGGAAUACCUUAAGUUUGAAUCUGAACAUCUAUUUUGGAUCUUAUGUUGUUACUAAUUAUCUAAUGCUACAUAUGUUUUUGUUAAACGAUGACAUUUCUAGGACUUUUAUCACCAUCAUUUGAAAAUUUCAAAUUGCAGAUAAAAUUCAUUGUUGAUGGUCAAUGGACUAUUGAUCCUCAAAAGGAAUCAGUUUACAAUGGUGGUAUUUGUAACAACAUUCUACUAGUUGACAGAUAACUUCAGCUUACAGGGGAGUCAGUUUAUCGACAAGGUGGGGUUGAUUUAUUUGCCAAAACUUUUACUAAAUACUAAUUCCAAAUCUUACUUCAACCAUGGUUACCCGCUGCUCCUGUUGUCAGUCUGAUGGUGAAAAUAAGACAUUUCUUUGGAUAAAAAUCUGUCGAUCAUCAACUUGCUGUCGAGGAUGAAGUUUGAUAAAAUGUGUUUCAAAAGUAGUUUACUUGAGCUAGCUAUCAUAAAUUGUUUUGAUAUAUUGUUAUGUCUAAUAGAUUAUGAUGAGUAAGUAGCACAGAAAUUCAGAACAUGCAAUUCAUUGAUAACCAUGGUCGUGUCUUGUUUUUCAGAGUACAGACAAAUCAGAUUGCUUCAAAGUAUAAUGCUUUGUACAGGGAAGAAGCAGGCACAAUGCCCAUUGUAGGGGGGGAGGGGGAGCUCGAGAAAUGAUCAUCAGAGUGGAUGAGGUUUGACCUUUACCGAAUAAAAAAUAAGGGCUUCAACCCUCUAGGCUCUAGCAACUGUUGACAUUCAUUUGCCUACAUGCUUUGUUGGGAAAGUGUUGAUGUCUUCCAUGUCCUAAUGUUUUUAAGAUGCUAGUUUAUAAGAAAAUGGAUUGCUGCAUUAAGAAACUCCAUUUCUUAUAUUUCAAGGCAUGGAAACAGCAAACUUCCUCAGUUGUGGUGCUAGCAGCCUACAAACGAUUAGUGUGCCGAAAUAUGUAUUUCUGAUGUUAAUAAGCUCUGAGAGCACAAGUGUCGUGCUCCAAAAAUCCUUGAGGGCUCCUAGAAAUCUAGAACAUGGAAUCUUGCUACGAGGCUUGUACGACUUGGAACUGCUGAAAAUCAGUUCAACUUGUGGAUUAUGAAUAAUUAUCUUGAAAUAAAGCAGCGGUCUUUUC